GCGAUUUUCUUAUUUUAAAUUCUACGUGAAUUGAACUGAGCUCGGCACACCCAAAAGGAUUUUAAUUACUUCAGGACGCAAAGGGAUCGUUCACAAUGAACACACUCGUACCAACGAAUUAAAUAUUAAUUUGAUCUAAUCAUGCAGGACCAUGAACAAUUAAUACUUCAAAGCGUUCUGUGUUCUCACAAAGUCAGCCAUAAAGAGUUAGCUUCACAGUUCAGGGGAUCAAAGGAUCUCAUUAGAAAGAAACAGCGAAGCUUUGCUUGCCAGCUUGGUGAAAAUUUGACAACUCUUUCAAUCUGCAGUUUUCGUCAAUUUUCUUGACACAUAAAAUGAAACUAAACGAUUCAAAUAUUUUGACGUUAAGAAUUGUGGCUGUUGUAGUCUUAAUCUCAGCUGCAAAAUGCAUCUUUGGGGAAUUUCCCAUCCCAGUUGGUUUGUAUGCCAAACAGUUUAUGAUUUGUGCUUUUGCAAGCCACUUAGAAAGUGUUUUGAAAGUUGGAAGUAACAAAUUUUAUCUUUUUCCCGAUUCAGAGACAAAAGGCAGUGACUUUAUUGUGAAGUUUCAAGGUAAAAUUGUUAGCUGGAAAAACCUUAUAGAACUGCUCCGCCAGCAAAACUUCACCGUGCCAGAUGAAGGGAGUGUUCUUGCUGCAGUGCAUCGAGACAAGGGUUCUCGGGAUCAGUCGUGUAAACACAGAUGUUUCUUGGAUGAAAGAAGAUCUCUUUCUAGGACUUGCUUCUGUGACAAGGCUUGGAGCACAUUCGGGGAUUGUUGCUUGGACUUCCAUUUAAAGUAAGGCUUAAGAAGCAGCCAUCCAAACUAGGAUUUCCAAAUGAAAAGAAUUCCUUAGACCUUGAAAUAGUAGUGAAAUAUUACUCAUUUCUGCCCGUAUAGUCUGUAGCAGUAGUUUCAACCGCUUUACAACCGCCUUUCUUGGCAACGUUUUUUACAAUGUCGAUCACUUUCUUUCCACGAAGUGUUACUGUGAUAUUUUGCAUCGGUUUGGAAACGCAGAUAUGCCCCUAUGUGAAAGAUAUAACUUUACUGCCUAGCGAAUAACCAAAAAAAGACGAUUCGUGUCCAGUUGUUAGGACACAGACUGAAGUGUGAACUAUGCACUUCCUCCCUCAAGUGAGUUUCCGUGUGGUUGUCGUGCAAGCGUAGCUUUACGAUCGAGGUAGUCCUAUCGGCUACCUAGAUCGAGAUAUUAGUUAGUUUGGCCUCGGGUUAAAAAGAAUAAUUUAAAAAAAAGGUUUUUUUUUUUCUGCCAUGAAAUAUUAAUGAAUUUGUAUAAUGAAUUCCGGAUUGUGUUUCCUCAGAUGUGGUGAGACUGGCAAUGACGAAUUAUCUGGAAACAUGACGUGUGGAGACGUUAAUGAUCCCGCCCAUCCAUGGUCUGGGGUAAUCAUGAAAUCUACUUGCAGUUUACAGAGAUAUCAAAACUCAAGCGAAUGCCAAACUGUUCGUAAGUUGGAUUUAGCGCUAGAGAGGGAACUGCCCGUCUUUGACCGGACGCAGAAUGUAAUUUACAGAAGCAUUGCUUGUGCCAGAUGCAACAAUGCAGUUUCCUGCACGAGUAGCAAUCCAUCGUUUUCUACUCCAGUUAACAUGACUGCUGUAAAGAAGUUUCUGAAGGAACAUCCGGACUGCUCAUGGAAAUACGCUCCAAGAAAUGACAAACAACAAUACAAGUAUUGUGUGCUGCAUGAUGCACCAUGUGCUUUGAAUUCGAAUCAUCUGCGAGUGUUAUCCACAGUCAAAGAUCUGUGUUUAUCGUAUUCUAUGAUUUUUUCAAUCGACAACAGAUUUACGUACAGAAACCCUCACUGUGCUCUUUGCAAUCCAGACGGGCUGUCUUUAGAGGACGAAUUUAAACCAUCCGUUGUGGCACCUUUGCCAAUCCUUUUGGAUGUAAGCAGAGGCAUUCCAGAUACAAAAGCGCAAAAGGAUCCACCGCCCACAAUCAUCACAGGACCUCCCGUACAAAGUUAUAAUCUGACUUCACAGUUGUUGAACUGUACCUCAAAUACCACAAACUGCACGGUCAUCUUUCGAAAUUACAACUGUGAACAUUUUGCUGUGAAAAACCAAUCAGCGCAAAUAAGAUUUUCCUUGAACGAAAGGCAUGACGUCGUCUUAAUCAGCCAAAAACAAUUUUUACGAGAGAAAAAUGCCAUGAAGCUGCAAGGAAAUACGAUUUAUAUUUUGUGUCAAGAAAACCAGAUUGAACGUAGUAGGCAUGAUAGACAGGGUGGUAAGGAGCCAAAGUGGUAUGACUCUGAAGUCCUUAUCUAUGUCACAUUUACUGGCACACUUUUGUCAAUCAUCUCACUGCUUUUUCUGCUCUACGUUUACACGUACUUUCAAGAGCUAAGAAAUCUGCCUGGAAAAUGUCUCAUUAGUCUCUCUGUGGCGUUGCUGUGUUACCAAGCAAUUUUUCUCGGUACUGCAAAGUCACGAGAAGUGGCUACCCUUUGCAAAGUAGUGGCCAUUUUUCUGCAUUUGUUUUUGCUUGCUGCAUUUUCUUGGAUGAGUGUCAUGGCGUUUGAUACUGCAAGUACUUUUAGUGUAAAAGGUUAGUGAACUACUAAACAUGAAACCUUUUUUGACGAGGGGCUCACACCAUUAUCAGGUCGCCCAGUUUCUCUUGACAAGCGACCUCCAUUCAAAUAUUCACCUGCCAGCUUUUUCAAAGGUGGAACUCUUAUUGUUUUACUUCAACACGGGCAAUCAGUCGUUACCCUCCCUGACAAGUGUUUUCAUUCUCACACCUACAUUAAGCGAGUCUUUUGAGCAAAAUUCUUUGAUCAAAUGUUUAUAUAAUAUUAUUUUAUGUGAUAAAACGCCCUCAAAGUGGC